AUGAAACAAAUACGAAGGAGUAUUGAGCGUGGCGGUCCUGGCUUUGUGACGUUACUCCCAGAUGAAGCUGAAGAUAUGUGGCAUAUCUACAACCUGAUUCGGGUUGGAGACAUUGUCCAGAGUCAGACCAUACGCAAAGUGAUCAAUGAAAGCACGACCGGUUCAACGUCAUCUCAGCGAGUGCAUGUUCGGCUAACGAUUGAAGUGGAAAAGAUAGAUUUUGAUCCCAGUGAAUCGACGCUUCAUUUGAAAGGUAAAAAUCGAGAGGAAAACGAUCUCGUCAAACUUGGAGCUUAUCACACGCUCGAUUUGGAACCUUCUAGGAAGUUUACGUUAAAGAAAAUUGAAUGGGAUACGAUUGAUCUAGAAAGGUUGGACACUGCACUUGAUCCAACUACACAAGCCGAUGUAGCAGCGGUUGUGCUUCAUGAGGGUCUUGCUCACGUUUGUCUUCUCACACCUUCCAUGACACUUGUCCGCGCGAAAAUUGAUAUGCAAGUUCCACGAAAGAGGAAGGGUUUCACUUCACAGCAUGAAAAAGGAAUAAUUCGAUUUUUGGAUGCAACAGCAGCUGCAUUUCUGAAACAUGUGGACUUCAAGAUUGUGAAAUGUUGUUUGAUAGCUUCAAGAGGUUUUCUUAAUCAGCAAUUUAUGGAUCACUUGGUAGCUUAUGCUGAUAAUCAAGGCAAGAAAUUUACUUCAGAACAAAAGGGAAAGUUUUUACUUGCACAUUCAUCAAGUGGUUUUAAACAUUCUCUGAAAGAGGUUUUGGAAGAUCCAAAUGUCGCUGCACGGUUAACUGACACAAAGGCUCAAGGAGAGGUCAAAGCAUUGAAGCAGUUUUUCGAAUAUAUGUCGAUUGAACCAGAUCGCGCUUAUUAUGGCUACAAACAUGUAGCUCAUGCUAAUGCCGAGCAAGCCAUCGAAACCUUGUUGAUCGCUGAUUCGCUUUUUCGGUCACAAGACAUCGCGACAAGGAAAAGAUAUGUAAAGCUUGUUGAAAGUGCACGGCAAAACGGAGCAAAUGUGCUAAUCUUCUCGUCUAUGCACGUCAGUGGAGAGCAGUUGGCUUUACUUACAGGAUGUGCUGCAAUACUGAGAUUUGCCAUGCCUGAAUUAGAUGAGGAACAAAUGAGCGACGAUGACGAAAAGAGGCCCGAGGAAGAAAGUAUAUCG